UAGUCUUUAUAUCAAGCAUUUUCCAAGAUGGCGGACCAUCAUGGCACUUCAAGUCCAAAACAUGACGACGACGAUUUCGACGUUUCACUAGACAAGAAAAAGCUCAUAUACAUUGGUGCAAGGCGCUACAAGAGCUCAGGCUGCGCUAUGAGGACGUUAAACCGCUUUCGUAAGGAAGGUGGUAGUGGAUUUUGCGAUGUAAUUUUGCAGGUUGAAGGCAGACAUUAUCCUGUUCAUCGCUGUGUUCUUGCAGCUAACAGCCCGUUCUUCUAUACGAUGUUUAACAGCGGUAUGAAAGAAUCAAUGCAACAAACCCUCCAGCUACAGUCCAUCAAAGCUAAAGCAAUGGAGAGUAUAUUAGAAUUCUUUUACACUCAAGAGAUUGUACUCGAAGAAGAUGAACUUCUUGAUCUUCUCGACGCUGCUAGCUUUCUUCUGUUGCCGGCCCUGACGGAUGCUAUUAUAGAACUGCUUUCCUCUAUUCUUUCUGUAGAUAACUGUUUUAGCAUAAGGAUGAUUGCGUCUAAAUACAAUGAAAAAGACCUUUUAAGUAAUGCAGAUGGUUUUAUCAAGGGCAAUUUUGUAUACCUUUCUCUUUGGAGUAACGAAUUUAUUUAUCUUCCUUGUGAAGAGAUUUGUAAUGUAAUAAGUGGUGAUGACAUACACAUUGAGGAUGAAAUACAAGCCUUAAGUGCUGUGCUAAGAUGGCUAGAGCAUGAUUUAUCAGAACGUGUUCAACACCUUUCAAAAUUACUGAAAGAAGUCAGGCUACAUGUGAUUUCUGGUGCAGCUGUUAAUGAACUCAUUACCAAUAGGCCCAAGCUUACAGAAAACCCUUCAGCCAAAAGUAUGGUAAAAAAAAACAUAGCAAGAGCUUUAUCUGAACAAGAGGAAGCUACAGCGGACAAAUCAACUCAAAUCCCCCGGCCAUCUACAGUGCUUCAUAAUACAUUAGUUGGUGUGGGGAUAGGGGAAUGUCGUAAAGUAUUCUGUUAUGAUGUAGAGGAUAAAGAAACAUAUGUUCUUCCCGACUUGCCUCAAGUUCAAGCUUUUCCAUGCCUAGUAUCAAUGGAUACAGAUGUGUAUAUACUUGGUGGUGAGAGUCAGAAGAAUAUUAAUUAUGACCCUGUUAAUAGUAUGAGAAUAUUUUCUUUCCAAGUGAUGAAGAACAGUACUGAAAGACGCGUGGGCUGGAGAAAGAUGGCAUCUUUCAGAGAAGUUCGACGUGAUACAGCAGUCACUACACAUGACAAAAAGAUAUAUGUUCUUGGCGGUUGGAUGAGUGGCCCUACUGGAACUGUUGAAUGUUAUGAUUUGCUGUCAGCAAACUGGAUUUCAGUAGCAUCUCUUAAUGUUCCACGCUCUCAGCUUGCAGCUGUGGCAUCUGACUCUCGAAUCUUUGCUGUUGGCGGUAGUGUUGAUCAAGUAGUAGGUACCAACACAGUGGAAUAUUUAGACCCAGUAAUCAAUAGCUGGAGUUUCCUCCCUCCUAUGAAAACCAGGAGAAUUUUUGCAAAUGUAAGCUUCCUUCGCAACAAGCUUUAUGUUCUGGGGGGUUAUGCCAAUGUGUUUGAGCGGAUCUCAUCUUGUGAGAUGUUUGAUCUAGACAAAAACAAAUGGCUUGACAUCGCUUCCCUUCCCGACAAUCUGCCAACAAAUCAGUCUACUGUGACACUUAAUGGCGAGAUCAUUGCCGUAGUGGGUGCCCAGGAUAGCUGCUGCUCUGCCGCUUGGUACAACCCACACUCUGACGUCUGGGAGAAAGUCCAGAACUUUGAUGUGUAUGGCAACAUUACUGGUUACAGACUUUGUUGCUUGCAAGUCAAGAAGUUUUAUCUGCAGCAUUUGCCUCAUGCUGACUCUGAGAGUCGAGACUGGCCUAUCAAGCAAGACUUAUAUUAUGAGGAUAACAGCUUUGUCAGUGUGAAUGCUGGUGAUCUUGGAUUAAUUUUAAGUGGUGAUGAACAAGAAACUAACAGUGAAGAAGAGUAUUUCUUCCUGUAGUAGCUUUGUCAGGACAAGAAAGGGUUGUCAUUAGUAACUGUUUAACAGUUUAUGUGCCUUGCACAGUAUACCUAUAAAUCAAUUUGAACAAAUAGGAAGCUACAAUAUUGUGUGGAAACUAGGUAAAUUAUUUGUCUUCUUACUUUAAGACAAAAACAGUAUCAAAACAACCACUGAAAAAAUACAUUUCUUGAAUUCAAAUUGUGUUUUAGAGAAUGAAGAAUAUGUUGUCUUUUGGAUAUAUUAUAGGAUAAACAUAUUUUGUAUGUUUUCAGUAAUUUGUUCCAGGAACUAAAGAAAAAUUAUUAUACAAUCAAGGAUGUCUUUUUGUUUGAAUCAUGUUGUAAUAUGAUGUGCCUUGUCAGUCUUUGUCAUAAUAACUUAGACAGUAUUACCUGAGUGGUUUUCUAAAUGAUUGAACAAA